UUCGCGGUGCAAAGUGACGCUUAUUUCUGUCAAAUUCUUUUAUUUCAUGCAAAAAUGCGUUGCAUAAGAUCAAUUUUAUUAAUUUUUGAGAUGCAGAGGCCGUAAACUGAAUAAUUACCUUUGAGAUAUAUACAAUAUUCUUCGCUGGCGACUGGUUCACCCUGAGGAAUUCUGAUCGAUGUGACGGACAAGCUUUUAUUUCACACGAGAACUUUUGGGAGCUAUAUCCUUAAAGACCAAAUAAUUCGACGCUUGAGAUGAGAAACAGUUACGUCUGGAUUAGAAAUCAUGGAAACAUCAGAGAGCUCAGUAGAACCUGCUAAAGUCGCCGAGGAAAGCGAAAAUUGUGAGGAGAGCAUCAAAGGCUAUGUAGAGCCUAGAUUUGAAUGUCCCAUUUGUUUAACAUGGCUGCGCGAUCCAGUUUUAACAUCUUGUGGCCAUAAAUUUUGUUCUCAGUGUAUUUACACUUGGCUUAAGAAAGAAGGCGCUUGCUGUCCAGUUGAUAGUCAACCUUUGAAAUCUGAAAAUCUUUUCCCAGAUCUUUACACCACUAGAGAGAUAUCUCAGAAACGUACAAGUUGUAUUUAUCAGCAAUUUGGUUGUCAAGUAAAAUUGUCACCUGUGGAUAUGGAAACGCAUAUCACUCAAUGCACAUACAAACGAGAUAUUUCAGAGCCUCGAGUACAAAAUGGCACUAAUGCAAUGUCUGUGGAGUCAAAAUUAUGGGAUCCUGUAAAAAAUAGGACACAAGUUGCAGACAAGGAAGAGCCUUCUCCCGAUUGGCAACAAUUGCUCAAAAAUCUAUAUGAAAGAAUAAUAGUCUUGGAACAAGAAAAUCGGGAGCUCUCUAUAACAGUAUCUAAUCAGAAAAAUCAGCUCGCAGCUAUGUGUUUACGAAAUUGUAAUGGAGUUUAUAUAUGGAGAUUGAAAUCUUUCCAAGAAAAACUUGACGCUAUGAUAAAUGAUCCUCAAAAAAUGUUCUAUAGUCCAGGUUUUUAUACAAGUCCAAAUGGAUAUAAGAUUUGUGCAAGGAUUAAUAUAUCAUCCAAGGAUCCCGAUUAUCUGUCUUUUCUUUUACAUAUUAUGAAAUCAGAAAAUGACGACGCUUUGGACUGGCCGUUUAAUGGCACAAUGUUUUUUGCGUUAGUACAUCCGCAAAAUUCGGAACAAAAUAUAUGCGAAAAAACAUCGUCAAUAUCAGGUCUUGAGGCAUUCCAAAAACCCACGUACGAAUUAAAUAAACGUGGCUUCGGUUAUGUAGAAUUUAUACGUGUACGUGACAUAACUGAUUUUCUGCAGCACGAUACUUUAAUUUUUAAAAUUGAAGUUUAUCCUAUGUCUUAUAGAGAUAACACCAAAAAGUUAUUAUGAAUUAAAACAUGAGUAAACUUUAUA